AUGACUGUGGUGUCCCAGGAGAACCGCAACGAGACCGUGGUCAUUCCCUCUUUGUUGCAAGAUGCCGCCGACUUGGAGGAGCAGGAGUGCAGCGAGAGGGUGGUCAUCAACAUCUCCGGCCUGCGUUUCGAGACACAGUUGAAGACCCUCUCCCGUUUCCCGAACACACUCUUGGGGGAUCCACGCAAAAGGAUACGCUUCUUUGACCCUCUAAGGAACGAGUACUUCUUUGACAGGAACAGGCCAAGCUUUGAUGCUGUCUUAUACUACUACCAGUCCGGGGGGAGGCUUCGGAGACCGGUGAGUGUCCCUGUGGAUAUUUUCCUGGAGGAAAUCAAGUUCUAUGAGUUCGAUGAGGAGACUAUCGAACUUUUUCGAGAGGAUGAGGGUCUCACGAAGGAGGAUGACCGACCUCUUCCCAAGAGCGAGUUCCAGAGACAACUGUGGUUGCUGUUUGAGUAUCCGGAAAGUUCAGGACCCGCAAGGAUCAUUGCCAUUGUGUCCGUGAUGGUCAUCCUGAUAUCCAUCAUCAUUUUUUGCUUGGAGACAUUACCAGAGUUUAGAGACAUCCCCGUGCAGAUGCACGAAACUCACACCAACGGCAGCCAACACGGAAAAGUGCAAAGUCCCUUCACAGAUCCCUUCUUUAUUGUUGAGACACUCUGCAUCGUGUGGUUCUCCUUUGAGUUCACCAUGAGGUUCUUGUCAUGUCCCAGCAAGGCAGCGUUCUUCAAGAACAUCAUGAACAUCAUUGACGUGGUGGCCAUUGCUCCGUACUUCAUCACCCUAGGCUUGGACCUUGCUGAGCACCAAGGCAGCAGCCAACAAGCUGCCUCCUUGGCCAUCCUCAGGGUCAUACGCUUGGUCCGGGUUUUUAGGAUCUUUAAGCUCUCCCGACACUCCAAGGGCCUUCAGAUCCUUGGGCAAACCCUUCAAGCCAGCCUCAGGGAGCUGGGCCUCCUAAUAUUCUUUCUCAUUAUCGGGGUGGUUCUCUUCUCCAGUUCGGUGUAUUUCGCAGAAGCAGAAGACCCGGAGUCAGGGUUCAAAAGCAUCCCUGACGCUUUCUGGUGGGCGGUGGUCACCAUGACGACGGUGGGAUACGGAGACAUGUGCCCUUCUACCAUCGGGGGUAAAUUUGUCGGCUCCUUGUGCGCCAUCGCCGGGGUCCUCACCAUAGCUUUGCCAGUGCCCGUCAUCGUGUCUAACUUUAACUACUUCUACCACCGAGAGAACGACCAGGACAACAACAUGCAAUACGUUCACGUGACUUGUGGACAGCCGCAGACGUCUUCUGGGGAAUUUGCUUUAAGUCGAAGCGAGCAUUCUCUGUGCAAAACAGAUUCCUAUCAUGAGGAGGACCUGGAGAGUCUGACAUGCCCGAGCAAUACCCAGAUGGAGAUAUACAGUGGCAAGCUGACGGACGUAUGAAAGGACGCCCAGACGGAAAAAGGAGGUGAGGCUGGACAUAUUAUCUUCAAAAUAGAAGAUGUUUACGCAGAAGAAUGUGGAAAAGGUUUCCUAACUGGACUAUAUGAUAUUAUAUUUAUUAUGUCAAACAUGUCAUCCAGC